AUGGGGUGCUUCACAUUUGUCAAAUUGAUGAUGGUCUUGUUCAACUUGCUUAUCUUUCUGGGAGGCCUGACCCUGCUGGCUAUGGGGAUCUGGGUGAGUGUGGACGGUGGCUCCUUCCUCCAGACUCUGGGACGCUUCUCCAGCCAAGCCAUGCAGUUUGUCAAUGUGGGCUUUUUCUGCAUUGCUAUCGGGGCCGUGCUUGUGCUGUUGGGGCUCUUGGGCUGCUGUGGGGCCCAAAAGGAGAGCAAGUGUCUGCUGCUCACGUUCUUCUCCAUCAUCCUGGUUAUAUUCAUCGCUGAAGUGGCAGCCGGAGUAGUGGCCCUGGCCUACUCUUCAUUUGCCGAGGGAAUCCUAAAAGCAUGGGCAACCCCUGCUUUGAAGGAGCAGUACGGCAGUGAUCCUGUGGUCACCAAGAUCUGGAACACCACCAUGACCGAGCUGAAGUGCUGUGGUUUCACCAACUACACAGACUUUGUGGGCUCGGAGUUUGCAGCGGAGAGCGGAGGCAGCCUCCCGCCCAUCUGCUGCCAGCUCAACAGCUUCCCCUGCAGCACAGAGGAGGCAGAGCUCAGCAAUAUCAAGGGCUGUUUUGAUCAGAUUCUGGAGAUCUUCAAAAAGCAUGCCAACAUUGUGGGAGGGAUUGCAGCAGGAAUCGGUGUCUUAGAGAUUGCUGCUAUGAUUGUAUCGAUGUACCUCUACUGUCAUCUGGAAAACAGAAUCAGCUGAAACUCCUUAAGGGCAAUGUGAAAGCAUAAAAAAGCAUAUCGCC